GACACCACGCGUGCGCUGCAGAAAGCGACACCCGAGGAUCUACGAAGGCAGCUGAAAGUGGUCUUCGAAGGCGAGCAAGGCGUGGACGAAGGUGGUCUUGCUCGUGAGUUCUUCCGCCUCCUCAGCGCUCGCGUUUUCACGGCAGAGGAGGGUGGACUCUUCGACCCUGCUGUGGCUCAAAAUGCUCGCGUCCUUUGGUUCAACUCGGCCUCGUCGAGUGAGUCCACGGAUUUCUGGCUGGCUGGUGUGAUCCUUGGCCUUGUGGUCUACAACAACAUGCCUGGGCUGGAUGUGCGAUUCCCGCCGGUGGUGUUCAAGAAGAUCAAGAACGAGCCUUUGGGGCUGGAAGAUCUUCGGCAUGUUUAUCCGGACACCUACCUGUCGCUGCGUUCGCUUCUUUCCUGGGAGCCGGAGCAGGUUUUGCAGGAGGAGGAGCUGAAUGCAGUCUUCGAGAACACGUUCUGUCUCGAUUUUGUCGUGACUUUCGAAGUCAAUGGCAAAACGGAGUCACGAGAGCUUUGCAAAGAUGGCAAGGACAAGGCCGUCACCUACAGCAAUCGCGAGGAUUUCGUCAGGCUCUACUGUGAAUGGCUGCUGACAGAGAGUGUCGAGCGCCAAUUUGAGCCCUUCCGGAAGGGAGUGCGGCGAGUGUGCGACUCCCCACUCUUCAAUGCGCUUCACAGCGCCGAGUUGGAGCUGAUUGUCUGCGGAGAGCAGGAGCUCGAAUUUUCGCAGUUGCGGAAAAAUGCUCACUACGAUGGCUACCAGGAGGACUCGUCCUACAUCAAGUCCUUCUGGGACCUUUUGUUGAACUUUGACAAGGUUCAGAAGAAGCGGUUUCUGUCAUUCGUAACGGGUAGCGACCUGGCUCCCGUGGGAGGACUUCAAGAGCUGCAGCUCGUCAUCCAACGCAAUGGAGAUGAGCCUACGGAGCGACUUCCGACAGCGCACACCUGCUUCAAUCUGCUGCUUCUCCCAGAGUACGGCUCUGAAGCGAAGCUGGAGCGGAUGAUCACCACCGCGAUGCACAACGCCGAAGGCAUGUGCCAAGUGAAUUGGAUGAUGCCGUUCUUCGGCGUCUUCCCAGGCGAAUACUUAUACCUCUGCCAGAUGCCACAACAAGGAGAGUUGCACGGAGCCAGGCACAACUUGACCAGUGCUGACUUCACCAGGCUUGCCAGCAUGACCGAAGGCUACUCCUGCUCUGACCUUGCGGCGUUGACGCGGGAGGCUGCAAUGGGUCCUGUACGAGGUCUGAGACCAGAGGCCAUGGUGUCCGCCACACCGGAUGGUAUACGAGCCAUCGUUCUGACGGAUUUUCAAGCCGCGAUCCACAAGGUGAAGCCAAGCCUUUCAAAGGAAGCGCUGUCGGAGUUUCACAGGCCCGGACGUUACUUUGCGGUGCAGUUUAGCGGUUUUAUGGUCUGGCAUGGAAUAUUACUGCCAGUUUAA